AUGUUAAAGUUUAUUUUUAUAAUUUUGUUUAUGAAUGUUUUUAUAUUUUAUAAAAAUAUUUAUUGAAUGGUUCAAAAUUUGCUUUUUUUAGGGGCCUUUUUAUUUAUAAUUAAAAUUAGUUCAAUAUAUUAUUUUUGUAAUAUCUCAUAUUAUUUUGGAAUAGAUAUAGUUUCUUAUGGAUUAAUUUUAUUAAGUUUUUGAAUUUGUGCUUUAAUGUUAAUAGCAAGAGAAAGAGUUGUACGAUUAAAUAAUUAUACAAAUUUAUUUUUAUUUAUAAUUUUAUUUUUAUUAUUAAUAUUAAUUUUGACUUUUAGUUCAAUAAGUUUAUUUAUGUUUUAUUUAUUUUUUGAAAGUAGUUUAAUUCCUACUUUAUUUUUAAUUUUAGGAUGAGGGUAUCAGCCUGAACGUUUACAAGCUGGAGUUUAUUUAUUGUUUUAUACUUUAUUAGCUUCUUUACCUUUAUUAAUUGGUAUUUUUUAUAUUAAAAAUAAUGAUUUUACUAUAAAUAUUAUUCUUUUAAAUUAUUGUAAGUUGUAUAAUUUAGAAUUUUUAUAUUUAUGUAUAGUAUUUGCUUUUUUAGUAAAAAUACCAAUAUUUUUAGUUCAUUUAUGAUUACCUAAGGCUCAUGUAGAAGCUCCUGUUUCAGGGUCAAUAAUUUUAGCUGGUAUUUUAUUAAAAUUAGGAGGAUAUGGAUUAUUACGGGUUUUCUCUUUAUUACAAAUUAUAGGUAUAAAAUUUAAUUUUAUUUGAAUUAGAAUUAGUUUAAUUGGGGGGGUAUUAGUUAGUUUAAUUUGUUUACGACAAAUAGAUUUAAAGGCUUUAAUUGCUUAUUCUUCUGUUGCUCAUAUGGGAAUUGUUUUAAGAGGGUUAUUAACAAUAACUUAUUGAGGAUUAAGAGGGUCUUAUACUUUAAUAUUAGCUCAUGGAUUAUGUUCUUCUGGGUUAUUUUGUUUAGCUAAUAUUUCUUAUGAACGAAUAGGAAGACGAAGUUUAUUAAUUAAUAAGGGAAUAUUAAACUUUAUACCAAGAAUAGCUUUAUGAUGAUUUUUAUUAUGUUCAGGGAAUAUAGCUGCUCCUCCUACUUUAAACUUAUUAGGAGAAAUCUCUUUAUUAAAUAGAAUUGUUAGUUGAUCUUGAUUAACUAUAAUUAGUUUGGCUUUAUUAUCUUUCUUUAGAGCAGCUUAUACUUUAUAUUUAUUUGCUUAUAGACAACAUGGAAAGGUGUAUUCAGGAACAUAUUUUUUUUCUUCUGGUGUAAGACGAGAAUAUUUAUUAUUAAUAUUACAUUGAAUACCUUUAAAUUUAUUAAUUAUAAAGAGAAAUUUUUGUAUAUUAUGAAUUUA